GCUUCUUUUUAAAUAAAUGGUAUUCUAAAGGUAGGACUGGAAUCAAUAGAUGCUAUGAAUUCUUGACAAUACUUAAUGGCUGCACCUAGAAUUACAGAUAAUGAGAUGCGAUAUUUCCAAUUUAAAGCUCGACAACUGUUCUUACUUCAGAAAGAAGAUUAUGAAUGGGAAGAAUUUUGUAAGAAAAAUGUAGUCUCAAGUUCUGCUGGUAAAAAAACAGUAAAAGAUGUUGGAAUUCAAGCUGCUUCUAAAACACUAACGAACUCAGGUCGAAAAGUUAUUCCUGUUCAAAGUAAUCAACCGAAGGAACCUCUUCCAGAAGCCCUGAAUUUUAUUAAAGCAAAACUGGAAAGAAUAGAUCUUGCUUUGUCAGAAAUUAAAACAGUUUCUACUGAAAAUGAAAAGGCUACAAAAACUGAUCAACAAAUUCCUGGCACCAGUAGAACAUUUAGUACAAAUUGGAGUUCUCCCAAUGGAUCAAGGAAACAACUGAUACAAGAAAGCUUAAGACAAAACCUUCAGAGAUUGCAGUCCUCUGCUGUAUGGAAGCCAAAAUCAAAUCCUUCAGCAAAUAUAAAGUUAAAGAAUUCAGGUUACAUGAUUCCUCAUAAUCUGCAAAAGCACAGAACUGUUGCAAGGAAGGCAUAUUUGGCUUCAUUGUCAAAAACACAAGAAAAGCCAAAUUUGAACCCUGAUAUUCCCAGAAAAAAGACAAUGCAGGUUAAAAGUUGUCAACAAAAAAGAGCUUCAAAUAUGAAAGCUGCACAAAAAUCAAGGUAUUUGUUUUAA